CGUAUCCCGUGCUUACGAUAACGAGAGUGGAGCGAGUGAGAUCUGGAUUCAACAGAGUAGUAUAUACUCCCAUCUACAACAAAUAUAUUCAAUGGCUGAUCCUGCUCUACUCCUGCUUGUCUCAUACGGUACGAGCAAUUCGGAAUAAUUGAGCUGUGAAUUACAAAAGUAUCAAAUUAAAAAUGGAAAAUAAUUUAUUAAAUGAUAAUGCAUGUGGUGAUAAAAUGCAAUGGACAGAAAGAAUGACAACAUUACUGUUGUCAGAGGUAAAGGAACAUAAAGAACAGUUAAAUAUACAACCUCAUAAAGUAUUUUGGAAAGAAAUCUGUUCUACAAUUAAUAGUAUUGGCUAUAAUAUAACACUGUAUCAAUGUUAUUCAAAAUGGAAAAGUUUAAAGAGAAAGUAUACCCAAAUAAAGGACAACAACAAUCGGACUGGUGCCUCUAAUCAACGAUGGAUUUAUUUUGAAAUGGUCGAUAGCAUUUUAAAGACAAGACCUGAAAUGGAACCUGUCUCAUUGGCUUCAAGUAUAAGUGGCUUUCGUAUCCGUAAAAUACUUGCUGAAGGUGACAAUACAUCAGUGAUGGAUGAUGCAGAAAAUGACGAAUUUAGAGUAGAAGAGAGAAGAUCUUCAAAUAAUAGAAGUUCAAUUGUCCAAUUCCAAGUGCCACCAGCUUGUAAAAGAUCUAGAGCAGAACCGUAUUGGGCAGAAUAUAUUAAAUAUAUUAAAUACAAUUUUAUAGGUUGUGUGCAAUAAAUAUAUAAUAGAACAUAGAAAAAGCUUUGUCAUAAACGAUGCUUUGUCAAAAACUUUUUUGUUAAGACUGAAGGCAUUAAUUUUUAAGUUUAUUAUUAAGUUUAUUACUAAUGACAUUGACCACAAAUGUCUAAUUUAAAAUUCAAGUAUUGUACACUAUUUAAUUUAAUAUAUUUCAUUUACU